AUGCGCGUUUUCGUGGACAAAUACUGCGAAAAAUCCGGAACAUUCAAGCACCCGGGAGAGGGCGUCACCGAAUCCGUGGUCUUGGGCUUGGCCCAGAACAUCGACGAAAUCGGCCGGCCACUGUGUCCCUGUCGUUUCUACCCGGACAAGACAGAGGAGAUCAAGCACCGCACUUGGAUCUGCGCUUGUGACGAUAUGCAGAUCUACAAGUACUGUCAUUGA